GGGAGAACUGUGAUUGCAUCCAUCCACCAGCCGAGCAGUGAAGUGUUUGAGCUCUUUGAUCGACUUUACCUUCUCUCUGGUGGCAAAACAGUGUAUUUCGGCCAGGCUUCAGAUGCCUACGAGUUCUUUGCGCAAGCCGGAUUCCCCUGCCCUGCUUUGAGAAACCCAUCUGAUCAUUUCCUCCAAUGCGUCAAUGCCGACUUCGACAAAGUGAAGGCCACUCUCAAAGGAUCCAUGAAACUGCGGUUCGAUGCAUCGGAGGAUCCUCUGGAUAAGAUCACCACAACUGAAGCAAUCCGUACUUUGGUUGAUUACUACCGAACUUCUCAGUAUUGUUAUGCUGCAAGGCAGAAGGUGGAUGAGAUCUCCAAAGUCAAAGGGACGGUGCUUGAUGCAGGAGGGAGCCAGGCUAAUUUCCCGAUGUAGGCUUUCACUCUGACCAAGCGCUCCUUCGUCAACAUGUCAAGGGAUUUCGGUUACUACUGGCUUAGGCUCGUCAUCUACAUCAUGGUCACCAUUUGCAUAGGAACCAUAUACUUCAAAUUCGGCACUAGUUACAACUCAAUCCUGGCCAGAGGCUCCUGUGCUUCAUUCGUCUUCGGUUUCGUCACUUUCAUGUCCAUUGGAGGCUUCCCAUCUUUCGUGGAAGACAUGAAGAUUUUCCAAAGAGAGAGGCUGAAUGGCCACUCUAGGGCAGGUGGAGAAUGAAGCACAGCCCGGGGAGUGGCUGCGGAGGUAAGUUUUAUUUUUAUUUUUUUAAUAGUUGUAAAAUGAUGUGGAAAUUGUAAAUAUUUAAAUUUUAUUAUUUUUUUAAU